UCGCCGCGUUCUAUUGGAGCGUCGAUACACGCGGAAAUGUCACCGCGUUCAUUUCGUCCGCCUACGAGCUCUUGACGCAAGUCCCCUCCCUCCCCGAGUCCGGAUUCCUCCCCUCCCCUCCCCGUCCAGUCCGUCUCCGGCUGCGGCUGUCACUGCGGGGCUGGACUGAGUAAUAGACAAUGAGAAAGAGCAAUGGAUCCAGAAGAGCUAACCUUGAUAAAUGACUACAGAUACCGAAGUUAUUCUUCCACAAUCGAUAAAGCUUUGAAGAACUUUGAGUCAUCCAGUGAAUGGGCAGAUCUUAUCUCGUCACUGGGAAAGCUUAACAAGGCACUCCAGAGCAAUUUGAAGUACUCCCUCCUGCCCAAGCGCCUGAUCAUUAGCAAAAGGCUGUCACAAUGCUUGCACCCAGCAUUGCCCAUCGGCGUCCAUCUGAAAGCAUUGGAAACGUAUGAAAUCAUAUUUAAGAUCAUUGGCAUCAAAUGGCUGGCCAAGGACUUGUUCUUUUACAGCUCGGGCCUGUUUCCGUUGCUGGGCAAUGCUGCGAUGUCGGUGAAGCCGGUGCUUCUUGGACUCUACGAGAAGUACUAUCUCCCACUACAGAAGGCCUUAAAUCCCAGCGUCCAGGCCUUCAUUACCGGGUUACUGCCAGGACUGGAGGAGGGGUCAGAGAUCUAUGACAGAACGGAUAUCUUGCUGCAGAAGGUAAUUCUCGUGGUGGGCCAGGAGAUCUUCUAUGGAGCGCUGUGGGGGAGUGUCAUUGUGAGCCCUUCCAUCCGUCUUCCCGCCUCUCUCUUCAUCGUCAGCCACAUCAACAAGUCUCUGCCGAGGAAGGAGCAGAAGUAUGUGUUUGGCUCCGACCCUCGCCUCGCAAUGAAAGGGCUGUGUGCCUCUGUGCAGGAUUCCAAUGUCCUUGUGCAACGGAAUACAUUAGAAAUUUUAUUUUAUUUUUUUCCACUUUGCACGUGCCUGGAUCCAACAAAAUCAGUUAUCCCGAUGACCAGGGCAGAGAUGGUGAACGUUCUCUCUGCUGCUCUUCAUGCCAUACUGAGAAGAGACAUGUCCUUGAACAGGCGACUAUAUGCAUGGCUAUUGGGUACAGAUAUCAAAGGAGGCAUGGUGACCGCACACACGGACUUCUCGUCCGAAGAUGAAGUCAAGACUUACUUUGAGGAGCAUUCUAAGGACUUGUUGGUUCGAGCAUUGACAAAAUCUUUGCAACAAGUCAACCCUGAACUUGAUCAGGAUCAUGGACCUCAGGUGCAUCUGAAGCCCUUCCGCAUUCUAAUCAGCCUGCUUGACAAACCGGAUUUGGGCCCACAGGUGAUCGGGGACUUGCUGCUGGAAGUGGUCAGAGCUUUUUACUCCAUCUGCAAACAGUUGCUGGAUCUGGAUGUCCAGUCAAGCCAGGACGAGAGUCUGAUCUUAAGCAAAAUGAAAGAGAGUAAGAAUGCGUCAGAAGUGAUAAAGACGGUGAACGUACUGAUCAGCACGCUGAGCACGGACUACCUGUGGGAUUACGUCACUCGGCUUUUUGAAGACUGCAUCAGGAACAGAUCUCCGCAGGUGAACCAGAUGGAAGAAGAAAAUUGCAGUCCCCCUCCCACUGUUGAAGAACUCUGUACGUUGUUGGUGUUCCUGUUAGAAGUCAUUCCAUUGGAACUGUACACUGAGAUUCAGACUCGGUACCUCCCUCAGAUGCUGUGUCAUGUUGUCCGAUGUUUAAUGGAGCACAUGGACAGCCUGAGUCUGCAGGAGCUGACGAAGAGCCUGAAGAUGUGCUGUGCGACGCUCUCCAAAAUCCAGCUGCCUGCGGCCUUCAUGGACACGGAGGCGGGAGGGACCGGGGAGGUCGAGUCGGAUGGUGGGAGACCAGCCGAGAGUCCCUCGCAGGAGGACGGUGGCGAGGCGCUGUCUGACGGUGACCACAGUCCGGAGGAAGGCGCGGACACGGCGUUCCCUCCGUUGUGCUCGGAGGACAGCGGGAUCGGCCUGAGCGUCAUGGCGAGGGAGCGGUCCCGGGACGAGGGCGGGCCGAAGGUUUCGUCGGAAGAUGGCGAGGUGUGGAGGAGCAGCGGGAGCAUCCAGACCACGCUGCGGAACGUGCAGUGGCUCCUCGCCCACUUCUCCCUGGGCCACAUCUUCGGGGCGAGCUGCCGGGUGCAGGGAGGAGACGGGCAGGCGGUGGUGGCCAAGGAGGGGCGGAAGGGGUGGGGGCAGAGGAAGCCCAUCACCCUGUCGCAGUUUAAGCAGAUGCUCUCGGACUUCUUCUCCGUCCGCGAGCCGGCCCAGCGGUCCAAGAGGAGGCAGCGAGGCUCCUUCACGCCGGCCGACGGGCUGAAGGGAGGCAAGGGGGACGAGGGCUGGGAUGUGGACCAUCUGCUCCAGGAGGUGGAGGAGGUGACGCCAGAGUGCCGGCUGGCGUUCGCCGCGAUCUGCCAGCUGCUUGUGGACUGUAGCAGCUUCCCCAUCUACAUGACCUUCCGAGAGAUGGAGACCUUCCACACGUCCGACCACCGGGAUGUCGGUGAUGGCGAUGCUUGCCUUCCUCUCUGGCUGAAGUCCCUCAUGACCCUGUCUUGCUGCAUCAGCGACUGCCACAUACAGAACGUAGCCAUAUCCACUCUGCUGGAAAUCAUCAAUCACUCUCACUCCUUAGCGCUUGUUAUCGAAGACAAGGUCAAGCGUUACAAAAGUUCUGAAUACAGAGCGUUCCUUGAGAAAUUGCAAAUGAUCACUGCACCACCUGUCACACAAGCAACUCUGAAGCUAAUUGCGGAGAGCACCAAUUUCUAUCAGCGAGCGGCGUAUGUGUUGUGGAAUCAGCUGGAUAAGGAGAGCAGGGAGCACCACAGUACCUGCGUGGAACUCUUUUACAAGUUACAUUGCCUCGCCCCAUCUGCCAACCUUUGUGAGGACAUCAUCUGCCAGGCCUUGCUUCACAAAAAUAAAGGAAUCCGAUUGGAAGCUCUCUUUAGGUUUUCGGUCUUGUGGCAUUUCACCAGGGACAUUCAAGGAAACAGGACAUCGUUCUGUACUCGUUCAUUUGAUAGGUGCCUGUUCGUGGUGUUGGACAGCCUCAACUGUUCGGACGGAGCGAUUGGGGCCGCAGCCCAGGGUUGGCUUGUCCGUGCCCUCAGCUUGAACGAUGUCUCUCGGAUCCUGGAGCCAGUCUUCCUCCUGCUUCUCCACCCAAAGACCCAACGCAACUCCAUCCAGUGCCUGAAAAAGAAAGUCAUGGGAGAUGAUCUCCGCUUGUUGUACAACAGGGUUUCCUCGUAUCCGAAGGCGUUCGGCACUCCGCUGGAAGUGGUUGAAACCAGCUCUGAGGAAAGCUUUAAGAUUUCCCACAUUUCCUCGGUGGACAGGGAUGCUCUUUGGGCUGAGGUGGAAGGAGAUCCCGAAAAGACGCUCCAGAAACAGGGCCCGAAGAAAGUUGGCAAUCACUCCAUCCACGAACCGCCUCAAAGUAGCCACCCGGAGGAAGGCAAGUACAACAGCGAACACUCGGAGUCCAUCGACACCAGCUCGGGAGCGCUCUCGUCGGGGGUCACGUCUUCAGCCUCGCCGAUGUCUCGGGGAAACCAAGACACCACCAGCACCACCGAAGAUGAAGCUCUUCUGCUGCACGACAGGGCUAACCUGGACAAAAUGGCCGCCGGAGACCCACAGCCCAAAAGCCAAUUGAUGUUGGUCCACACCGACUCUGAACGGACUCAGAUGUCACAGUCGCUGUCCAGCGAUGAGGAAGACAUAGACCUGGAAAUGCAGAUGAUCACUCGGGACAAGCUCCUGAAGCGGCAGAGGGAGAGGCAGGCCUUGGUGGAAGCCUUGUUUAAACACAUCUUGCUGUACAUCCAGCCGUACGAUUCCAAGAGGGUUCUGUACGCCUUCUCUGUCCUGGAAGCCGUGUUGAAGACCACGCCGAAGGAAUUCAUCGAGGCCCUCUCCGCCACCAUGGUAGACGUCAACACCACCAGCCAGCUGAAUCUUAUUCUGAAUCUCCUGGCCCGCCACCAGGAGUCCCUGGUGGGUCUGAGCUUCUACGGGAAGCUUCCGAGCCCGACGUUGCCCUCGUGCCACCGGCAGUCCUCGUUGAUGGAGUUGCUGACGUACCUUUGCUUGAGCUUCUUGAGGUCCUAUUACCCCUGCCAGAUGCGGCUGAGCCACAAGGAUCUGCUGGGCAACCGGGACGUCCAGGUGAACAGCGUGCAGGUCCUGGUCCGCAUCGUGACGCAGCUGAUCGCCAACGCCAAAUCGCCCGACGGCGGGGGCCUGGGGGCCAUCGGCGGCUGGCUGGCCAAGUGCAAGGUCCAGGAGUACGUGCUGCUCGCCCUCUCUGCCUCCAUGCACCUGGGCGAGAGGAGCUACACGCUCAGCUUUGGCCAGCCCAGCGACGAGCUCAUCGACGAGGGCCUCUCGGAGGAAAACCUGGUCAACUUCGGCGAGGACCAGGUCUGGAGCGAGCACCCGCUCCAGAUCGAGCUCCUCAAAUUGCUCCAGGUGCUGAUUGUGCUGGAGCACCACCUCGGCCUGUCGGCCGAUGACCCGGAGGGCUCGUCUGACCUCUCCAAGGAGUGGCACAAGGUCAUGAGUUUCCAGACGUCCAUUACGGCCAUGGGCUACGUGCCGUCCCAGCCCAUCACGGCCCAGGGGAUGUUUGUGUCUGCUGUGGUCAGGGCCUUGCAGCCACAGUACGGGUACAGCAUUCACCCACCCUGGGUCAGUCUGGUCACCCUCUCCCUGCCUUACCUCGGGAAAUCCUUGGGACUCAUCGUUGCGCCGUUUGUCGCCCAGGUCUGCAGGAACCUGGACAACCUUGUUCGACAGUAUGAAAGUGAAGAUAAAAAGAGCACUGCAAGGACGACUUCAAAGAAAGAAAACAUUCCGCCAGAUUACCCACUCACCCUUUUGGAAGGACUCACUACUAUUUCUCACUUUUGCCUAUUGGACCCCUCGGCACAGGCUAGAAAGUCUGCUACCGUGAGUGAUUCCACAAGCCUGAAGAAUGCCAAGAACGCCAUCCUUGAGGAACUGCCUCUAAUCGUCGACUCCAUGUCUCAGCUCUGGGGUGUGGUCCAAAGAGAAGCAUCCCAGAGAAAGCCCGGCAAUUCACUCAACACUAAGAAGGGCUCGUCUUCGGUAUACUUCAAGUCGACAAAGACACUUCGGCAGAAAAUCCUGGAACUCCUGAACCCAUUUGCUGCACAGAUGGGUGUUCAUCUAAUGGCAGCUGUAGCAACAGUGUGGAACAAGAGGAAAAGCAACAAGAAAAGCAACAAGAAAGUCAACCACAGCAAGGUUUUGCCAGUGGCCAGUGAAGCUCAGAUGACACUGGUGAGGUUGGUCCAAGCACUGGACACGCUCAACACCGACAGCAUCUUACAACUGAUAAAGGAAGUUGUCAAAAAGCCACCCCAAGCCAAGGGAGAAGAGAAACCAACUUUGGUUGAUAUCCCAAUGUUGCAGUUCAGUUUUGCAUUGCUUCAAAGGCUCUCCUCAGCCGAUCUGCAGGAUAUUCUUCCAUCCUUGUUGUAUCUCUUGAAAGAGUCUGUGCAGUUGAAUUUGGCUGCACCAGGACAUUUCCUGUUACUUGGAAUAAUUAAUGACUUCAUGUCAAGAAAUCCUAAUUUGGAAAACAAAAAGGAUCAGAGAGAUCUUCAGGAAGUGGCCCAAAAAAUAAUCGAAGCUGUUGGGAAUGUUGUUGGCUCUUCCUUGGAACAGACGAGUUGGCUGAGCAGAAACCUGGAAGUUAAAGCAGGGCCCCAGGUGUAUCUGGAGGAUGCUAAUACAGAUGCUGCUGAAGAUGGCUCAUUCCCCACACCGUCUGCUGUGGUGUCAACAUCAGUUGCUUCUCUGUACAGCGUGCAAGGUCUAACUUUGCUGGCUGAGCUGCUGGCUCAUCUCCUCGACAUCAUCUACCGAAGUGACGAGAAGGAGAAAGCGUUGCCGCUCAUCACUCGGCUGUUGUACUAUGUCUUCCCUUACCUGAGAAACCACAGCACGCACAACAUCCCAAGCUUCCGAGCUGGUGCUCAGCUGCUGAGCAGUUUAAGUGGCUAUGCGUACACUAAGCGUGCGUGGAAAAAGGAAGCCUUUGAUCUCUUCAUGGACCCACUCUUCUUCCAAAUGGACCUGUCCUGCAUUAAUUCCUGGAAGUCUAUCAUUGAUCACCUGCUAACUCAUGAGAAAACCAUGUUCAAAGAUUUAUUGAGUUUGCAGAGCAGUUCCUUAAAGUUAUUUCCAAAUUAUGAGCAAAAGGCGAUGCUGGUGAAGCGACAAGCAUUUGCAAUCUUCAGUGGUGAAGUUGACCAGUAUCACUUGUAUCUCCCACUCAUACAAGAGCGCUUGACAGAAACUCUUCGUGUGGGCAUGUCGUCUGUCGUAACUGCUCAGAUGUUUUUGACCUUUAGAGUGUUGUUGACGAGAAUAUCUCCUCAGCAUCUGACUUCGUUGUGGCCUAUAAUGGUGACUGAGCUGGUUCAGGCCUUCAUCCAACUGGAAGAGGAUUUACUUGAAACACUUUCGAAUAAAGCAGGUCAAAAGUCUCCAGUUAAGCAUGGAAAUGGACCGUAUUUGCUAGAUCUGGAUCAGAAGGAACUCGACAUGUAUUUCUCUGCUUGUAAAUUUUUGGAUACAGCACUCUGUUUCCCUCAAGAAGCGAUGCCUAUAUUCCAAAUGUACAGAUGGGCUUUUGUUCCUGAGGUGGACACUGAAGACUCUAAUCCACUAAGUGGCAUUGUGGAGACAUUCCAGGCAUAUAAACCGUAUGCUGUGCGGAUCUUAGAUAUCCUGAAUCAAAACUUUGGGGAAAUGAACUGUGAAGAAGACAUGACAUCCAGUAAUGUGUAUGAAUUUCCAAUCUUGACUCAACGGUCUAUUUCAAGUAUUCGGAUGCUUAUCCACUUUUUCAGAGCAUUGUGCAGCAUGUUUAAAAUCCGACAACAUGGAGCUUUUGGAGUACCUAAUGCACAUCAUCUUCAAGACCUAGAUCCUCCAACAGAAUGUGCCACUGACGCUGCCGUUGUUUUACGAAGAAUAGAAGAGAAUAUAGCAGUUGACUUUUUGGAAAUGGCAAUAGAACAUUGAGUUGAAUGUAUCUUAAUAAUAAUGACAGUAAAAUCCUAGUUACGGGAAGAAGGGUUGUUACUGAAGUCACAUGCCAACAAAAUUGCCCUUCUACUCUGUCAUUCAAACUUGUUAAAUGCGGAGUCCCAAUAUAAUAGAACAUGUGAAAGUAAGGAACUAUUUUUCUUUGUUUGCUUUGUGAAGUUUCAGUGGUUUGAUCGUGGUGCAGAGCAGAAAUGAAUUCCAUUUUCUGGGGGAUCAAUCAUUUUCAAUUUCAAUUUUCCAGCAGUUAAAUUUCCAAAUUGGUCAAGUUUAAUAGCCAAGCUGAAGAAGAGUGUGGGAGAAACUUUAGUGCAGAGCGAUUGUCCCUCAUCCAGGCCAGCAGCAACCUUACAAUAAACCUUCCUUGUCACAGCCCUUCUGUUGUUGGUCUCUCACCUAGAAAAUUGCCUGUAAUGGAAAUCAUUGCUACGAGUGUAUCUGAUAACAAAAAACUAACUUUACUAUUUAAGAUAUUGACCACUGUGAAUGUGUGUAAAUAUAAACAGUUCUGUAUAUACAUCAAUUUUCAGUCAUUGAAAUUCAUUUGUACCUAAAUUCCAUUAAAACUGCACAGAUUUUGUACCCAUUCACAACCCUCCCGCCCCCUUGUAAGUGGGCUCCACAAAAAAAUAACCCUUUAAGAUGGGCAAGAAGGUAAGCAUAAGGGUUUGCAGAAAGUUGAUUGAUCUUUCUUUAUGUUCCACAUAGUUGCAUAUUUAACACUGUGAAUGCUUGCCAAGAAUAAAUGCCUGUCCAAUGGAAA